AUGGGAGUUCCAAAGUUUGCGUCAUGGCUGAAGAAGAAGUACCCUGAGAUGGCGUCGGACGCUGCCCCCGCCGACGUCCACGGCCUCUACGUUGACCUGAACGGCCUCAUCCACCCCUGCUGCCACAGCGAGCGUGACCCCGCCGUGGCCGCGCGACCGGAGGAGGAGAAGCUGCAGCGCAUCUGCCACGAGGUGGAGGUGCUCCUGGCGACGGUGCGGCCAAAAGAAAUUUUGUACAUCGCGGCGGAUGGUGUUGCGCCGCGGGCCAAGAUGAAUCAGCAGCGCGCUCGGCGCUACAUGAGUCGCGCGAAAAGGGUUUGCCCCGGUGCCGAGGUCGUGGAGGAGGUUGUGCGGGAGUUCACCCCAAAUGAGAUGGCGGCGGUCGACGACGACCUCGACGACGUCCGCCAGUCGCUGAUGCAGGACGCCCUGUACGGCGGGGACAUCUUCCUCGACGAAACGGCGGAGCCGCUGCGCGACGCUGCGCGUGCCGCACCGCCAGCCACUCUUGCCACGCUCUGCAGCGACGACGAUGACGCGCUGCACGCCGGAGACCCGGCCGCGAUUGACGCCCGCACGGACGGAACGUCGCAGGAGGCGGAGUUCGACAGCGGCUGCAUCAGCCCUGGCACGGCGUUCAUGGUGAAGGUCACGAAUGUCGUGCUCGCGAUGGUGCAGGACAGGUUGGCUGCCGCAGCCCCGCUCUGGGCGGGGCUUCGUGUCGUCGUCUCCGGCGCCAACACACCAGGCGAGGGGGAGCACAAAAUCAUUGACUUCUUGCGCACCCAGUCCUCCUACGCCGGCUUCAACGGCAGGGGCGCACAGGUUAUUGCGGGGUUAGACGCCGAUCUGAUAUUUUUGUCGCUCUCGCUGCACAUCCCGCACAUGUUUAUUCUCCGAGACAGUGACAGGAACCCGUAUGCGGCGAAGACGGCGGAGCGGCCCCUGGGGGAGCAGCCGGCCCCGCCACACACGUCAGACAGGCGGAGUAAAAAGAACGCCUCCUGCGCCCGCCCGCCGACGGAGGAUGACGCGGAAGGCGACGAGCUCCCUUUCAUCGUGGACGACGGUGACGGUGACGACGGCGACGACAACGACUACGACAACGACGGCAAUCGCUCCUCAAACGCGGCCUCAGGGACCACGCCGGCGACGGGAACGCCUUUGGCCAACACUACGUUCGAGUACUACGACAUUGACACGGUGGGUUCGUGUCUUAUGUCGGAGCUGCAUGGCUUGUGCCAGUUGAAACAGUUUGCACCCAAAAGCAAGGCGGCCUUCAGUCCGGAACUGCUGGUGUCUUCGAAUGGGUACCACUUUUAUCGUCAGGCGGGGCGCGCCGAUGCACCGCUGCGACACGCUGCACGUGAAGAGGAGGAUAACCAUAAGGAAACGCAAAGCUGGAUAAAUUUUCGUCCCUGUGCUUCACAAGCAAACAGUAAAGUUAUCGAUGACUUCAUUGUGAUGGCAAUGCUAAUGGGCAACGACUUUCUUCCCCGGCUCCCUGGGGCUUUUUGUGGGGAAAGCGUGCUGGACAAUCUGCUGGAGAUUUACGUGACGGAGGUAUUGCCUCACGGCUUUCUUACAGGCGGGUAUCAUGAGAUUCAUCUGCCGCAGUUGCGGCGUCUCUUGCAGGCAUAUGCGAAGAUUGAGGCCGUCAAGUUUCGCCGGUUUGCGCUAAGCAACAACAGCAUGACACUCAAGGAGGUGGCGGAGCCGCUGCACUCACCGGUGGACGAGCAGUGGCGGCGGCCGUACUUGGCGUCAACGGGGCUUGCCGGCAACGUUGAGGAGGCGUGUAAAAAGUACGUGGAGGGGCUUCGUUUUAUGUGGCGCUACUACAGCGGGAUCUCCUCAACGUGUAGCUGGUCGUGGUACUACCCGUUUCAUCACGCCCCGUUUGCCCUGGAUGUCGCGGACUAUCUGCAACGAUGCGACCUCGCGACGCUGCCACCGCCGCCGCUGGAGGCGACGCCGCCUGACAUGUUUCUGCAGCUCCUCUGCAUCCUCCCGCCCACGAGUCACGCCUUGCUGCCUCCCGUGCUUGGCAGCGCCAUGCUGAACCCGGCGGAGGGGCUGCGGGAGACAUUCCCCGACACCUGGUGUGUGGACUACACCGCCGCCUUUGGGAAGGACCACCUCGCCACCGUUCUUCUGCCCUUUGCCAACGUGUCCGAGCUUCGUGACCUGGUUGAGGCCGCACGGACUUCCUUUACGCGCGAGGAACAGGAGCGUGGGCGGCAGGUAACCUACCACCUCGUUUUAGGUUCAAAAAGCGCCGAGUUUGCGAUUAACGGCGACAUCUGUGAACUCAACGCACGCGAUGCUGCCGCCUGGGGCCUUCAGCGCGAGGGCGUGACGUACAUGCAGCUGUGGGACAGCCCGCCAGAGCGUGGGCGCCCCAAAACGUACUCGUGCACGGCUGCGGUUCCUUGGGUCACCUGGGACGCCCAUGGGCGUGUCAACAAGCGCGAGCGUCUGUCGCGCCGCGAACGACGCCAGCGGCGAGAGCAUGCUUCCUCCAACGGGGGUGGGACAGUGAUCAACAAGGGAGCUUGCUUUUCCGCCCAUCUCCUUGGAUUUACAACUUCCGCCGUGCUGAUGGCCACUGCGCUGUUCCCGUGGUUCUCGCUCUCUGUGCUGCAGGUGCUUGCCGUGAACCUUACGGCCGUGGCGUUUAGCUUCUUCCUGGGUAUCGCCGUACACGACCCUGUUAUUGGAAGCGGCGUCCGGCGCAACAAUGUGCGCAUGACCUACGUCGAUUGGCUCUGCGCCGAGUGCCUCUCGUUGAACUUUGCCUUCAACGACAAGUGCUUCGGCUGCCGUGCACCGUUCGAUUCCGCGCGCUGCCUCGCCGUCUUCAGCGGAACCCAGUCCGCGACGCCUCCCCUGUACGACCCCAACCACGCGGCGUACGUGGAGACGGUUUGCCUUGAGAUACCGGGACGCGAACCGACGGACACCCCCCGCUGA